AUGGUACAGAAGGCAUUAAAGGUGACUAAGAAACCGAAGGAUCCACGUAGGAUAACGAAGAAGCAGAUGAAUCUAAAGAAGGCUGCACCUUUGCAACUAAAGUCGAGGAAGAAAUCUCUGCAACAUAUGAAAAAGCUAGCUAAGACAUGUUCACGAACUGAAGCCACGGAAAGAUUUGUUGCUAGUCGGGUUGGGCAUUUAGAGUUGCUGAAGGGGACCAGGAGGCAGUUAGAGGAGCAGAAGAAGUCGAAACUUGCUAAGAAAUGA